AUGCGCUAUGCCGGCAGCGGCGGCGAUGAUCAAGCAUUGGCAUAUAUGGGUUGCGUUCACCAAGAGCGCAAGCGGACGCCCGGUCGCUCUGCGACCGUUUAUGGUAUUACAACAGACAGCAAAGAAUGGAGAUUUCUUCGGAUCAAUGACCAGGGCGAGUGGGCCCUCGCGGUAUACCCAUAUGAGGAGGAGGACAACUACGAAAAAGUUGCCACAAUGCUUGCUUUCAUCAUGCAUCAGGCGGUGAUCCUCUCUCCAUAUGCGUCUAAAACCCAUUCAAAAGAAGUAUCGACGGAGGAUGCUUAG